AUGGAUGUGUCUGCUUAUGACCUUGUCUCUGCUCUUGCGACUACCGGCCAGGAAUCAUUGUCCGCCGUUUCGGAAAACGUGCCUGCUGUUAUUCAACCGGUUGUGGGUGCUGUUGUGUCGGAGACAGUCUCUGACUCCGUGCCGCAGUCGGUAACUGAUGUUGUUUCGCGCCCUAUUUCGGACUCUGUUGCACCUACCGUGUCGCCGUCGGCACCCUCUCCUUCUGUGCCUGCGCCCGUCGUUGUAACCUCUGACGUUUCUGAGCCUAUUCCUGUUGCGGAAUCACGCGAUGUUUUUGUGGAACCAAAACCGCAACGGGAUGAAGCUCGUUCUCGGAGUUCCAGUAGGCAACGCUUCCUCAUUGCCAGUAGCUCCCCUUCUUACGACGGGGAUUUAACGCGAGGUGACCGUAGUCCGUCCCCGGUAGGGCGCUCCCCCGCCUCUUCUUGGGCGUCGCAACGCCGUGCCGCGCGGCGCGUCCUCGACGUGGAGCUACGGCCGCCUCAGGCUUCCGGCUCCGGGCGUCAGCUGCCGCGUACACGACAACAACAACAACAACAACAACACCCGCAACAACAACAACACCCGCAGCGUGCCUCCUCACGCCACGCAUUGUCAGCUGAUCUGAGUGUUGCAGCGCAGCAACGUGACGUUGCUGUGGUGGUGUCGCGGGUUGGUCGGCAAGAUUCCCAACAGCGUGUCGCGCGUCGGGACCUAGACCCCGAGCGGCGGCCGUCUCAGGGUUCCGGCUCCGGGCGUCACACACAGCAAUCACAACAACAACAACAAAAACAACAACAACGUGCCGCUUCUCGCCAUCCGCUGCCUGCCGAUCUCAACGUUGCCGAUCAGAAGCGUGAUGUCGCUGUUCGACAUUUACGAACCGUUUUAAGUCAGCAGCCCGCUGGUGGCGAUUCCGUUGUGACGGCCGACCCGGCUUUCGCUGUGGCGGCGCCGCAAUUGCCGACGAAACGGAAGGCUGAAGACACCCACCAGCGUCGUGUUUGUCCUUCUGCCCCCGAGCGAGUGCCGGUUUCUUCUUCCGACGUGGAGAUGCCCGUCGUUGAUCCUUUGUCGGUAGCCUCCGGUGGCACAGAUUCUGGGACCGCGUCCACCCCCACUCUCGUGUACCCCACUGAGUGGGCGGCGGAUGUGGAAGGUGGUGAGGAGACUUAG